AUGAAUGCCACCGAUACUGCCCAGCUUCCGUCUUCAUCUACUGCGCAGAUAUCUGCUACUCCAUCCUCCCACCCCCGGCGGCCCCCUUCAUCCGUCAACUCUGCCCGCCUCCAGCCUCCCGCUGCCCAGCAACAUCCUCCCCACAAGGAUGCGCGCCGCUCACUGCCUCUGCCCUUCCCACCCAUAUUCUUCGCUCCCAACAACGCAUCGUCGACCUCGCUAGUCUCGUCCACGGCCGAGGGGAGACCAAUACCCCUCGACGACUCGACCACCGCCAAUCGAACCUCUGCUCUUCGCGAGCUCAACAGCCACUAUCCUUCCCCUGUCCUGCGCCACCGAUAUUCCAAAUCUUCAGGUCCGCAAAGCAGCACCUACUCCCAGCCCGUUAUCGUCCGGACAUACAGCGGGCCAUCCCCGUCUCAACAUCCCUAUGCCAAAAGCCAUUCGGGACAGUAUCGAUCGCACAUCCCCGGCCGUUCAGCACUCCGGAAACCGCCCGGUGUGGUGGCAUCAUCGACUGCGGCUGCCCUCUCCACCUCGACCCCUACACCUGGCUGCCUUGAACCACGGGUGGUGAUCGCGAAUGGCUGGUCGGUGAACAUGGCACGGAAUAAGCCCAAGAAGAAGUCAGCAUGGAGUUGGUUAAGCCGGCGGGACUCGGACGAGCAAGAUGAGGCUCGUUUGCCUCCGUUGGAAGCGUAUUCCUUCAAGGGCUUCAUGGCCAACCUGCAGGCGCAGGAUAGCGACAUCGACGCAGACCUGGACCGCAUCGCCGAGAUCUGUGCGCGGUCUCGCUACAGCUUGAGUAACCAGUACGAAGUACACAUGAAACCCCACGGAUCGGGCUCCUCCUUCGCGGGCGCGGGAGCACGAGGCGCACGGAGCGAGACUGCGUCGAGUAGCAGCGGGAGGCGACAUAGAAACUCGUCCAAGCAUCAAGGGGCCCUAACGCUGCAGGCGGUGCAGUCGGACGACGAAACAUCAAGGGCCCAUCGUAAACGUCGAAGUGGGGGUAGGAGACGGAGUAUCGCGUACGGCACACUCGAAACCAUCAUGUCUUCGAGCCGGUCUUCCGAGGAGGACAAGUCCAAGAAGAGGUCGGCUCAAGAGAUAGCGGAGGAGGUGCGAGGGCGGGCGGCAUUGAAAAAGGCGGAAUCGGUUCGUGAUCGGUCUCAUUCCGGGUCCGGAUCCGGAUCCACCGACGAAGGUCUGACGUCGGGUCCGAAAUCCACCGCCCAGGCGCCAAAGCCGACACGGAAGAAGUCAACCUCCUUUGCUCACGCCGUGAUUGACAGCACCAGGCAGCUUGGUACCACCCACCACCCCACGACGCCCCGAGGUUCGGCGGCCGCGCUGGUAAGCGAGCCGGCUCUACCGCAGACAUCGAGCAGCCACUUGGAGAUCCGAACGGGACCCGCCAUCUCGCAGACCGUUGAUCAAACCAGUGCGCCACGGCCGCGCCCGGCUAACAUGGACAGAGUCGAGGAGAGCCAGUUGCCGUACUCGCGACCAUCUGUACUGCCCUCGGAGGAGACCGGCAUCUCGGCGACGGCGUUGUUGACGAGCCUGAGCAGCUGGGUGCCUUGGAAAUCGAACGGCGAUCUGUCCGGGACGGGAAACCCAAGCCACGCCGAGGGGAGCUUGAGGUCCCUCUUGAAGUCUGCAGAGGAACACCAAACCCAGGGAACCGACCAGGACCGCCCGUGA